AUGAUCCAUCUGAGCUUCAGCAACGGCUUUUUCAGACCACCUCAUCUCAUUCGAGGAUUGAACGUGGGGUAUAUUAAGGUCAAAGUUGUCAUCCAAUGGAAUUUACCAAACCGGUUAUCAUUCUCGUCCCGGGUGCCUGGCACUAAGGUUAAUAAUACGGUCUUCUCGCAAGCAAAUUGCGCGCUAAAGAAUGCAAAGUGGAAGCGGUCAUACCAUCAGCAGGAGAGACUCAAAACUGUGCCUAUGAUGAUACGAGUCACAUUCGCGUGUCAUAUCUCAGCAACCUCGUUGCCCAAGGGAAAGGGAUCAUCUUCUAUUUGCAUUCAUACGGAGGAGUUCCCGGGACCAAAUGCGUCAGGGCCUAGCACACAAAUUGACCUUACUGCACAAAGCCAGGCGGUGUUAUCAGCAUGA